CCGACCCCUCACAUCACCAGUUAAGGAAGAGAGAAGAACACCGGAGAGAUGUCCCAGUCCUCUUCUUCCACAGGAUAAUUCAGAAGAACAUCACUAUGAUCCACAGGAUGAUCAGGUAGAUGGAUAUAAUGGCAUCAUGAUGGAGGAUCGCAAGCCUCUCAUAUCACCAGUUAAGGAAGAGAGAAGAACACUGGAGAGAUGUCCCAGUCCUCUUCUUCUACAGGAUAGUUCAGAAAAGCAUUACAAUGUGCCACAGGAUAAUUCAGAAGAACAUUACUAUGUCCCACAGGAUGAUCAGGUAGAUGGAUGUAAGGACAUCAUGAUGGAGGAUCACAAGCCUCUCAUAUCACCAGUUAAGGAAGAGAGAAGAACACCGGAGAGAUGUCCCAGUCCUCUUCUUCUACAGGAUGGGUCAGAAAAGCAUCACAAUGUGCCACAGGAUGAUCAGAUUGUGAAUCCGGGUGAAGAUCUGAACAUUAUUAAUCCUACAGAGACAUAUGUGAGGGGUGAUGCGCAGAGUACAGAGGACCUUCCUACUGAUAACCGCCCAGAUGACUAUACCAGGAACUUAGAGAAACAUCUGGUAUUUGCAGAUUUUGAAGUAGAUGAUUGUGGUAUCACACGAGAUACAUUUGAAGAGCAUGCCAAUAUGCAAGAUAUACCCUCAUCCAAUCACAGCAACAAUGCAUCAUUUGAUUAUUUUAAACAGGUCCGAUCUUCUGAUUCAUCACAGACUGUAACACAGAAUAAAAGCCACAGAAGAAGUGCUAAACAUCAAACGGCUCACGUAAAAGAGAAGCCAUUUUCAUGUUCAGAAUGUGGGAAAUGUUUUAAAUAUAAAUCAAGUCUUGAUAGACAUCAGACAGUUCACACAGGGGAGAAGCCAUUUUCAUGUUCAGAAUGUGGGAAAUGUUUUAAAUGUAAAUCAGAUCUUGAUAGACAUCAGACAGUUCACACAGGGGAGAAGCCAUUUUCAUGUUCAGAAUGUGUGAAAUGUUUUAAAUGUAAAUCAAGUCUUGAUAGACAUCAGACAGUUCACACAGGGGAGAAGCCAUUUUCAUGUUCAGAAUGUGGGAAAUGUUUUAAAUGUAAAUCAGAUCUUGAUAGACAUCAGACAGUUCACACAGGGGAGAAGCCAUUUUCAUGUUCAGAAUGUGGGAAAUGUUUUAAAUGUAAAUCAGGUCUUGAUAGACAUCAGAAAGUUCACACAGGGGAGAAGCCAUUUUCAUGUUCAGAAUGUGGGAAAUGUUUUAAAUGUAAAUCAGGUCUUGGUAGACAUCAGAGAAAACACACAGGGGAGAAGCCAUUUUCAUGUUCAGAAUGUGGGAAAUGUUUUAACCAGAAAUCAGCUCUAGUUGUGCAUCAGAGAUUUCACAUAGGGGAGAAGCCAUUUUCAUGUUCAGAAUGUGGGAAAUGUUUUAAAUGUAAAUCAUAUCUUCUUAUACAUCAGAGAAAACACACAGGGGAGAAGCCAUUUUCAUGUUCAGAAUGUGGGAAAUGUUUUAGCCGUAAAUCAUAUCUUGUUAUACAUCAGAGAAAUCACACAGGGGAGAAGCUAUUUUCAUGUUCAGAAUGUGGAAAAUGGUUUAACCAGAAAUCAGAUCUUGUUCUUCAUCAGAGAAUUCACACAGGGGAGAAGCCAUUUUCAUGUUCAGAAUGUGGGAAAUGUUUUAGCCGUAAAUCAGAUCUUGUUAUACAUCAGAGAAAACACACAGGGGAGAAGCCAUUUUCAUGUUCAGAAUGUGGGGAAUGUUUUAACCAGAAAUCAGCUCUAGUUGUACAUCAGAGAAAUCACACAGGGGAGAAGCCAUUUUCAUGUUCAGAAUGUGGGAAAUGUUGUAACCAGAAAUCAGAUCUUGUUCUUCAUCAGAGAAUUCACACAGGGGAGAAGCCAUUUUCAUGUUCAGAAUGUGGGAAAUGUUUUAGCCGUAAAUCAGAUCUUGUUAUACAUCAGAGAAAACACACAGGGGAGAAGCCAUUUUUAUGUUCAGAAUGUGGGGAAUGUUUUAACCAGAAUUCAGCUCUAGUUGUACAUCAGAGAAAUCACAUAGGGGAGAAGCCAUUUUCAUGUUCAGAAUGUGGGAAAUGUUUUAAAUGUAAAUCAAAUCUUGUUAUACAUCAGAGAAAACACACAGGGGAGAAGCCAUUUUCAUGUUCAGAAUGUGGGAAAUGUUUUAACUGGAAAUCAGCUCUUGUUGUACAUCAGAGAAAUCACACAGGGGAGAAGCCAUUUUCAUGUUCAGAAUGUGGGAAAUGUUUUAACCAGAAAUCAACUCUAGUUGUACAUCAGAGAAAUCACACAGGGGAGAAGCCAUUUUCAUGUUCAGAAUGUGGGAAAUGUUUUAACCGUAAAUCAUAUCUUGUUGUACAUCAGAGAAAUCACACAGGGGAGAAGCCAUUUUCAUGUUCAGAAUGUGGGAAAUGUUUUAACGAGAAAUCAGCUCUAGUUGUACAUCAGAGAAAACACACAGGGGAGAAGCCAUUUUCAUGUUCAGAAUGUGAUAUGUGUUUCAAACAUAAAAUAUCUCUUGUUAAUCAUCAAAAAACCCACAUAUAAGAGAAGCCAUCUUCAUGCUCAGCCCGUUAGUGACCUCCUCCUUCCUCCUUUAUGCGGUUUUAUGGUGGUCACUUACUGGCUUUAUUCCUUCAGAUCCUCCUUUGCCUGUAUUUUAUUGCAUCUGAAUUUCUCCUGUAAAGAAGCACACUGGUUUACUCCAGACCCUGACUCUAUGGACUUAAUUCCCAUUGGGGUGCAUCUUACCAUCCCUUCUGGAGAGCAGCAACACAUGGUGACACUUCAACGGAGUCUAGGGGCAGAGGAGGCUCUAGACUUUGUGAGGCCUUAGGCAAAACUUGAACAUGAGGCCCCCACAAACACAAGAUAUGCAAGAGAUA